UAAAAAUGGCGUUUGCUUAGAAGGCAUUCUUUCUUGGAAUUUUAGAUUAUUGUGUGAAAAGUUAUGAUACUUUGAUGGUUUGAGAGUGAUCGAGGCGUGAUUUCAUUAGAUUUCUCAGACGUAUUAAUUUUUGAAGAGUUAUAAUGGCUCAGGGUCGUCCAAUCAAAUGUGUUGUUGUUGGAGAUGGAACGGUGGGGAAAACCUGCAUGCUGAUCUCGUACACUACCGACAGUUUUCCUGGAGAGUAUGUCCCUACAGUCUUCGAUAACUACACUGCCAAUUUGAUGGUGGACGGAAUACCAGUCAGCUUGGGAUUGUGGGAUACUGCGGGCCAGGAGGACUAUGACAGACUACGACCUCUCUCUUACCCUCAGACGGAUGUGUUUCUGAUAUGCUUCAGUGUUGUGAGUCCAUCUUCACAUGAGAAUGUGACAACGAAAUGGCAGCCAGAAAUCAAACACCAUUGUCCAGACGCUCCCAUUAUAAUUGUCGGUACAAAAAUAGAUUUACGAGAGAACAAGGAAGCGAUUGGUCAGCUAGCUGCUCAAGGACUUUCACCAAUCAAACGAGAGCAGGGAAUAAAAGUGGCCAAUAAAAUUCGAGCUAAGAAGUACAUGGAGUGCUCAGCGCUGACGCAGCGUGGUCUCAAACAGGUGUUCGAUGAAGCGGUGCGAGCAGUAUUACAACCUCAAACGACGAACCGCCGUGAGACGAAGUGUGUCGUGCUGUGACCGCGGCCAUGCUCUGCCAAUCACAGAACAACACGGAAUGACUGCAGCACGUGACCGCAAUGGAUGAAGUUUUACAUGUUUUACUUGACCAAUCAACGGCAGCCUUUGCAAUUCAGAAACAUUUCCUCAACAAAAGAUUCUAGAAAAUAUAGUUUACUUCAGUUAAAAUAUACUUUGCCCUGGCAUCUUUGUAUCUCUGUAUUGAAAUUGCCCCAGCAAAAAUAAAUUUAAUUCAAAAUUAGUUUGCUUCAGCUAAAAUACACUUUGCCUUGGCAUUUGUAUUUUAAAUGUUAGUAUUUUUAUAUUGAAAUUGACUCAGUAAAAACUAAAUUAAUUCAAAAUCAGUUUACUUCAGCUUAAAUACACUUUGCCUUGCCAGUUGUUAUUUUAAAUGGUAGUAUCUCUUGAUGAAUGCAAAAGUACUUUGCUUCUGCUAAAAUGCACUUGCUGUGGCAAUUGUAUUUUAAAUGUCUUUUUACAAUUGUCUCUUCACUGAUAAAAACAAGAGAGAAAAAAGCUACACUUAGUUUAUUUUAUGUCAGCUUUUUACCUUGACAUUGCCGAAACGCUGAGGUGAAUUGCAAUGGCUGCAGCAGUAGGCUUGGAAGUGUUCACCCAUACACUCUGAAAACAUUUACCUACAUAACCAACCUAAUCACUUGCCUUUUUAUAAAUACUGUAAUUAUGAUAAUUUUCUUACGCUGUAUUCAGUAAUUUUCUGAUUAGGUGACCUGUAUACUCUUCAUGUUGUUCUGUAUGCCGAUAAAAGAAUUAUGACAAUUAGUUUGUUAACUUCUGUAAGUGCCUGAGUAGAAGCCUAGGCUUCUGUUUAUUUCAUGACUCUCUCAGACUCUCUAUUCAAUGUAGACUUCUGUUUAUUGCAUGACUCUCUCAGACUGCCUCUAUUCAAGGUAGACUUCUGUUUAUUUCAUGACUCUCUCAGACUGUCUCUAUUCAAGGUAGACUUCUGUUUAUUGCAUGACUCUCUCAGACUGUCUCUAUUCAAUGUAGACUUCUGUUUAUUGCAUGACUCUCUCAGACUGUCUCUAUUCAAGGUAGACUCCUGUUUAUUUCAUGACUGUCUCAGACUGUCUCUAUUCAAGGUAGACUUCUGUUUAUUUCAUGACUCUCUCAGACUGUCUCUAUUCAAGGUAGACUUCUAUUUAUUGCAUGACUCUCUCAGACUGUCUCUAUUCAAGGUAGACUCCUAUUUAUUUCAUGACUGUCUCAGACUGUCUCUAUUCAAGGUAGACUUCUGUUUAUUUCAUGACUCUCUCAGACUGUCUCUAUUCAAGGUAGACUUCUAUUUAUUGCAUGACUCUCUCAGACUGUCUCUAUUCAAGGUAGACUUCUAUUUAUUGCAUGACUCUCUCAGACUGUCUCUAUUCAAGGUAGACUCCUAUUUAUUUCAUGACUCUCUCAGACUGUCUCUAUUCAAGGUAGACUUCUGUUUAUUUCAUGACUCCCUCAGACUGCCUCUAUUCAAGGUAGACUUCUGUUUAUUUCAUGACACUCUCAGACUGCCUCUAUUCAAGGUAGGCUUCUAUUUACUUCCUGCAGAAUUUUCUAACAGAGGCAGGUUUCUAUUCAAGGCAACCCUCUUUAUUUUUUUUGCAGCACCCUGAGACCAGGCUAGGGAUUUUUGAAGAAAUCUUAGCACUACAAAAUCAUAAAACCAGCAUAAAACCAUCGUAGGUUGUUACAUUGUUACAGUGAUGUCAUCGCUUGCGCUGAUUUUCCAAUUUCGUAGCCCUACGAUAGCUUCUAAAACCACCUGACCUGGCUUCACCUCGAGGCAGGCUUCUACUCACAGGUUUACAGUGUUUUAAUAAGUCAUUGUUGGUUGCAUUUGUCCAUCAUGUCCAUUGUUUGAAAGUUUCCGAUGAUAGGUUACAAUGUUUAGUGCUAUCUUUUUCAAAGUUCAAUGAACUUGUGAGUCAUUUCCAAUUAUGAACAGUUUUACUACCAUACAUACAUGUAUGCUAUGGUGGAACAGGUUAACCCAGUGUAUGCUUUUGAAACAAAAAACAAAUGUUACUUGAAAAGAAAUAAGGGUAAUUUUAGUGCUUAAGCCUAAAACAAAUUGUGUGUUUCGGGAAAUUUGCUGAAAAACAUUAGUUACAUGUAGAGUGGUCAGCAUUUGAAAACCUCCAAAUUAUAUAAAAAUGUUUUUACUACAUUCACCCAUAUGGGUGGAGAUAAAAUGUUAUGUAUGUACUUUUUUCACCUACAUGUUAAUACAAAAAACAACAACAAAUAGUACAGUGAAACCUGUUUAAACUGGACCCUGAACAAACCAGAAUCCUGUCAAAACCGGACGAGUUUCAUUUUCUAAAUUCUAAAAUGCGACUCUCAAAAACAAUUGAUCCUGUCUAUUAGGUCCUCGGCACGAUCCGGUUUGUACUGGUUUUGGUUUUACUAUAAUAUAUAUUAGGAUCCCCCCUUUACUCUGUAGAGUUGUUUUAAAUUGUAGGCUUUACCAGUGUACACUUUAUGAUGUGGGUGUGAGUGAUUUUCUAAAAAGAGAUUCAAUAUGGUUUUGUAUGCUGUGAAAAUGUUGAUAAUUAUCAACGGCUUGUUAAUUAUUUUAAAACAUCAGUAUUGGAUUUCUCCAUCGGUUCAGAUUUUCAGUGUUUGCGAUGAUUGCUUACACACUUUAAUGAUGAUAGGUUACACACUUUAAUGAUGAUAGGUUACACACUUUGAGAAUGAUAAGUUACACACUUUAAUGAUGAUAGGUUACACACUUUAACGAUGAUAAGUUACACACUUUUGGAGUUAAACAAAAGUUAAACAAAUUUAUGUGUAUGUAUCGGCUCUAUUUUUCAUUAAAUGUAAGUUCUAAAUUAAUUAAACUUGGUUUAUAGUUGCAUAUACCAGUAUUCAUCUCAAUACAUAUUUGAAAAAAAUAGAUAAUUUAUAUUUUUAAUUGUCUUUACAUUAGCUCUAUUUCCCACUAAAUAUAAGUUCUACAUCAAUGAAACUUGGUUUAUACUGGUAGUUGAA